UGGCCGACUGGCAAACUAGCAUGUUACCUCUUGUGAUCUUUUUAAAGGUUUAACAGUUAAGUUUCCUUUACUCCGUCUAAGAAGCUGUUAUUGGGAUGGAUAGAUGAUUUAAUCGGUGUCAUUUUAAAGAAAAGAAAACAGCUGCUGAGCUCAUCUUUUCGUUUCCAAAAUGAGCGAUGUGGUGGAAAGGACCCUGACAGCCCUGCCCAGCCUGCUGUCUCUAGACUCCCAGUCUGGAUCUACUAGACUGUCCUCAACAUCAAAACUAGGAAGCCUCAUCAGAGGGAUCACUGAGCUGACAUCCAAACACGAUGAGGAAAAACUUAUUCAUCGUGAACUGGCGUCUAUCAAAGAGCAGGUGUCCUCCCCAAACACCUCCAUGAGGCAGAUGAAGGAGCUCAUGGUGAGAGCGAUCUACUGUGAAAUGCUCGGUUACGAGGCUUCGUUCAGCUAUAUUCAUGCCAUCAAACUGGCUCAACAAGGCACUGCUCUGGAGAAAAGAGUCGGUUAUCUCGCCGUGUCUUUGUUUCUGAACGAAAGUCACGAGCUGCUUCUUCUCCUUGUGAACACUGUAUUAAAGGAUCUUCAGAGCACAAACCUUAUUGAAGUGUGCAUGGCUCUAACUGUUGUCAGCCAGAUGUUCCCCAAAGAUAUGAUUCCUGCAAUUCUUCCUCUUGUUGAGGAGAAACUUAACCACCCAAAAGAAAUCAUUCGAAGAAAAGCAGUCCUGGCACUGUAUAAGUUCUACCUAAUAGCACCCAAUCAAGUUCAACACAUCCACAACAAGUUUCGUAAAGCUCUGUGUGACAAGGACCCUGGCGUCAUGACAGCAUCACUGCACAUCUACUUACAGAUGAUCCAGGAGAAUCCAGAAGGUUAUAAAGACUUGACAGGAAGUUUUGUCACCAUACUGAAGCAAGUGGUGGGAGGAAAACUGCCCAUGGAUUUUAACUAUCAUAGUGUUCCUGCUCCAUGGCUGCAAAUUCAGCUUCUCAGAAUACUGGCUUUUCUUGGGAAAAAUGAUCAGAGCACAAGUGAGAUCAUGUAUGAAGUCCUCGAUGAGUCUUUACGAAGAGCAGAGAUGAAUCAUAACAUCACAUAUGCAAUAUUAUACGAGUGUGUAAAGUGCAUUUACACAAUUCAUCCCAAAUCUGAACUUUUGGAAAAAGCUGCAAAGUGCAUUGGCAACUUUGUUCUGUCACCGAAGAUUAAUCUCAAAUAUCUCGGCUUGAAGGCCCUCACCUAUGUGGUCCAGCAGGAUCCUAAACUGGCCCUGCAGCAUCAGAUGACCAUCAUAGAGUGUCUCGAUCACCCUGACCUCAUCAUCAAGCGUGAGACACUGGAGUUGCUCUUUCGGAUCACUAACGCCCAGAAUGUCACAGUCAUCGUGGAGAAGAUGCUGGAGUUUCUGCGCGUCAAUAAAGAUGACUACACUACUAUUGACCUGGUGGGGAAGGUGGCAGAGCUGGCAGAAAAAUAUGCACCAGACAAUGAAUGGUUCAUUGAAACCAUGAGCACAGUGUUUUCAGUGGGUGGAGACAUGAUGCAGCCUGACAUCCCAAACAGUUUCCUUAAACUGCUCUCUGAGGGGUUUGACAGUGUGGAGGAAGACAGGAAGUUGAGGCUGUUUGCUGUGGAUUCAUAUGUUUCUCUGCUGCAAGGACAGCCUGGCAAACUGCCACAGCGCUUCCUCCAAGUCAUCAGCUGGGUCCUGGGUGAAUACUCCUAUCUGAGGGAGGAACUUGAAGCGGCUACAGUCCUGAGGCUGCUCGACAAACUGUUGGACAUGAAGAGCACCAGCAGUGAAACCAAGAGCUGGAUCCUCAUGGCAAUGACCAAGCUCAGUGAGGGCGGGGCAGGUGUUUCUGUGGCCAAGGAGGUUUCUGAAACAUACAGCAGCUCCCUGGACACAGUACUGAGACAGAGGGCUCAGGAGCUGCAGCACCUCAGCCAAGACUGUGAACUACGAGCCAGGGUGCUACCUCGAGACGCCGGCCUGGAACCCCUGGAGGUGGAUUCCUCUCUGUCGUUUCUGGAUGGAUUUGUGUCGGAGGCGUUGGCUGCUGGCGCUGCUCCAUACAAGCCUCCCCAUCAACGGCAGGAGGAACUAGCUCAGGCAAAAGCGUUGAGCCUGGAGCCAUACGGCCUGUCGCUGCCCAUCAGCAUGUCGUCCUGCAGCAUCGCAGACAGACAGUCUCCUACACUGUUGUCUGUAAGCUCCGGUUUGUCAGGCGACAGCACCGACCUCUCUCACAAAGGAGGCUCUAAAACUCUGAAGCUGGACGGUGUGAAGAGGGUGUGGGGGAGGGAGGGCUACCUGGCGCAGAGGGAACCCCUGGAGGAGUCCGCCCAUGUUGAGGUUCCCAGUCCCCUCCAGUCACCCAGUCAGCAGGGAGAAGCUGACAGUUCACACAGCCAGACACCCACCCCGAUACCGACCCCUCAGCCCGAGCAAGAGAAACAGCAGCUGGCCUCUUCGCUGUUUGUCGGCCUGGGCUCCCAAAGCUCUGUGUGUCUGAUGGGAAAAUCUGAGCCGACCCCCCAGAGAUUCAGAAGAAAAGCAAAAGGUCCGGUCUUGUCCUCGGGUUCCAGCGAACAAAUAACUAACUCCCUCGUCUCUACUCCGAGCACAGUGAAUAACUUGCUGUGUGACAACCUCCUGGACUCCAACAUCACCUCAGAACUGGCUGUUUCUCCACUCGAACAGACAUCCCAACUCUCUCAGGGCCCCACUGUUGCAAACGGCGCCUGUGAUGUAGAGUUAACGGACAGUGACAUGAGGGAAAGUAGCCCCUCUCUCAUUAGGGAUAACGGUGUGGCAGGUGCUGAUCAGGGUCCACAUGAAGACCCAGACGGACCUAAAGACUUGUGUCUCAGUACUUAUCUUCCUGCUGAAUUAUCUGGACUCUGUCACUCAGAAAUCACUCCUCUGUGCUCCAACCAAAGCCUGGAUCUGUCGGCCUGUCAUGUGCAGGAAGAGGAGUCUUUAGCGCUGGUUAUUUUCAUUUACAACUCCUCUGACUCUGACAUUCAACAGAUACUACUAGAGCUUGACUCAGAUGAACUUGAGGUAUCCUGUGUGUGUGACAGUCCAGUGCAGGAGGCGAGAAGCCACAGCGUAGCAGUGUGUCAGUAUUCCCUGACUGUGAAGAGGCCUUCAGUCCACGUUGAAGUGGUUGGGACGGUAACUUACCAGUUUCCUGUCGGGACGCCUCAGUCGGUACAGUUCUCAUACAAACUGCCUCUAACCAGCUUCAUCAGACCUUUGACCGUGUCCACAGAGGAGUACGGGACGAUGUGGCUGGACUUCUCUCAUGAUACAAAGCAGAAGCUGACACUGAUAAGUGACGGCCAAGAACCUCUCGCGGACACUCUGAAUGUGCUGAAGAAGAAACUUAAGCUCCAUGUCGUCGAAAUCAUUGGUAUGGAAGGUAUUGUAGCUUGCCGGCUCCUCAAAGAUCAGCCGUGUCUGAUGCACUGUCGUCUGCAUGCGGGAACGCUGUCCGUGUGGCUGCGCUCUCCGGUCCCCGACCUGCCCGACUGCCUGAUGUAUCACUGUCAAAGAGCUUUACAGGAGCACUGAGCCUCCGACUGCGACUCCUUCACUGACCCUACUGAGCAAAGUGACCUCCUGACCCUCAUCCACUGAAGAAGAAGGUUCACAGAGCUGUAGCGCGGAACAUUUUUAUACUACAGUGUUGAAUAUUUGUCUAUCUCUCCCACUAUAAGUUACAACAAUUUGAAUUUUGUCCUCGAAUAAUUUCUUUUUAGCAGUAAAACUGUUGGAAUAAUUCACAGGAUCACAAGUGUUUAAAUGUCAAGGCUGGAAUAACCUCAGGGCCAAACGAUUGUGUUUUUGACCUUCUGUGGGUGUUUGACCUUUCAGAAUAACAAUAAUGUCUUAAAAUGAUAAAACAGGGCUGCACUUUAAAAUUGGUUCAAACAUUGUCAGUGAGUGAAAUGAGUACUGAGUAUGAUAUUCUUGGAAUGAGUUGAAAAUCAUGAAUUUCUGCAGUUAUUUUUUGCGCCCCUGGUCUACAUGCUGAAGAGAGAGAGAGAGAGAGAGAUAUAUAUCAUGUCCUGCUUUUAAUUUGUAACAUGAUUGUUUUUUUAAAUUAGCUUAAUUUUCUGGGCUAGAACGAUCACAACAGUGAAGCCCAAAUGUGUUUUAAUCAGACAAAGACAAAAUGGUAACUUGGGUUAUUUUACCAAGUUCAUAAAUACUGACUGCAACGGGAAGAAUGACACUAUUUUUGGAAUUGGACUGUUUGAUGUAAGUUAUUAGGUGUUUUUGGAGAAGCACAGGAAAAAUGUGUUUUAAGAGUACGUAAUUAAUUGUUUCUGGUGAUGAAACAAACCGUUGCUUUUCAAGGAGAAUCUGCUCGUCAUACAUCCAUAUUUGUCUUACUCACCUCUGACUGCAGCAGUUACACGUAUUUCUGUCAUCUAUGAUGAAAGCAUUUUGUCUUAAAUAAGCAACAAUGUCACUCUGCAAUGUCCAUUUUGUCCAUUUGUCAUUGUGAUGAGUAGCAUUUCAGGUUUUCUUCCUGUUUUGCAGACGCUGCCUGCUGUGUGAUAUGAUUAUCUAUGCACUCAUGCUUCUGUCAGUUUCGGUGAAAGGUGCAUUUUAGUGAUCUUUGAUUAUUAUAUUUUUGUAUCAAUGCAGUAUUAAAAAAACAUAUUUAUUGGAUUUAUAUUCUUACAGAAAAUGUUUUACAUUAUUUUUUCUGAAAGAAAGAAAAUCAUCGUGCUCCAUGUGCUGUGUCAGAUUUGACUUCCUGUAUUAUUUAAUACAACCUGAAGGGAAAGUUUGGUCUUCGUUGCCGUUGUCUUUGUUUAAAGCAGAGCGUGAAGCUAGAAAUGUGUCUGAAACUCAACUUUAAACCAACACCUUAUGUUCUAAUGCCAAGGUGGUGUGUUUGAUUUGUGCCUGUGGUACAGAGAAAAUCCUUGUUUCUUACAGUUACUGUCACUACGUUCUCUUAACUUAUGAAUAAAUCCAACACAUGU